UUCACAACAAAAUAGACUCUCUACUUAGAACCUUUUUUUCUCCAUUCUCUCUCACAUCACAAAUUCACAUAUACAUGCCUCAAGUCCAAGAAAACAACACCCCAUCAGGGAUCAAAUUAUUCGGAGCCACAAUCUCCCCUAGAGAAAAAUCACACCCGAAACCCGACCCUGAACACGAGAAACCCGACCCGGCCUUGGAAAAGCGGCCGGACAAGAUCAUCCCGUGCCCGAGGUGCAAGAGCACGGAGACCAAAUUCUGCUACUUCAACAACUACAACGUCAACCAGCCGCGCCACUUUUGCAAGGGCUGCCAGCGCUACUGGACCGCCGGCGGCGCCCUCCGCAAUGUUCCCGUCGGCGCCGGCCGCCGCAAGGCCAAGCCGCCCUGCCUGCAGCCUGACUUCUCUCAUGGUAAUUGCAUGUUCGACCCCUCCUCCGGUGGGCCCCACCAGCUUGAUUUUGAUGCCGUCGUCGAGUGGCGCGCGGCAGAGCACGGCGGAUUCCGGCAUCUAUUCCCCGGGAAGAGGCGGAGAUGCGCCACCAAUAGUCAAAGUUGUUGAUCGCAUCUCUUUCGAUUUGUUUAGUAGAAGUAGUAGUAUGAAAUAAUUAAAUAAAUAAAUUAGAGAAAAAGCCUAAGCUUUAAGUAAUUGCUGUAUUAAACAGUUUGUCGUAGAUGGUGAAUUUUCUCGAUAACGAAGCGCAGCUCAGUUGGUAAGACUCUUCCUCUUCAAUCAAUAGCUUGGGGAUUCAAGUUAUUAUAGAAGUAGAUGGGGAACCAGUGGUGUUGUUCUUUUAAAAA